CUAUUUAUCAUCCGUCCCAUGGUAAGCAUCCAAGCUCGUGCAUGCCCAAACUCUACUCGUAGCCAUCUUCACGAUGGAUCGGCUGCGUCAAAUCUUCCUCUAUUUCUGGAAUUUCCGCUACCUGCCGAUGAAGUACCGGUGGCCGCUCAUCAAGCUGCGGCGCCGGCUGCUGCCCACGGAGACCGGCCUGGGCCUGCGCGACGCGCUGCGCCACGCACGGUCCCUGCAGCACCCGCCGCAGCCGAACCCGUACCUCUUCGUCCUCGGCCUCCUCUGGCCCUUCCCCACCUGGUACUUCCCCGCCGUGCUCCCCCCCCCGCCGCGGGACAUCAUGGCCGAGCCGUACCGCGUCCGCUGCCAGGUCCGCGAUCUGAUCUAUCUGCGGUCCAUGCCCCUGUGGUGCGCGCGCGACACGCCGCAGCGCGCGUUCUAUCGCCUCUACGAGGCCUUCUGCGCCGCCGACGGCCACAUGAUCACGUACGAGACCGAGUAUUUCUGGAAGCAUGCCUCGCCAAAGUGGGCCACUGCCAACAUCGCCGACCCCCGGUGCGAGGACCCGGAGCAGUACGCCGUGAUGGCGUCCUUGGCCGAGGUGCUGGUCAACUCGUUCAUGUGGCGGUUGGAAAUCGGGCUGCGUAGAAACGGCGACAUCGAAGGCCCCGACGGAGCCCCGCCUACCGUCCUCGAAUUCUGCCCUGCGUGGACUGCUAAUGUGCCGCCCCUGAAAGAAAAGCUGAUCAUAAACCCCGACGACGAGCUGUACUUCGACAGCCCAUUUCAUGAUCGCAACAUCAUUACAGCAACCGGGCACUUCUACACCGUAUGAUUAGCGGCCGCUGCGGGCUGGACCGGCAGAUAAGGUCGUCGAGAUCAGCUUCACUAAGAUCGAAGUCGUGCCGGAAUAGUUGAUUGUUAUCCCUAAAACGAACACCCACGCCCACUGAGAUUUCUCAGCUAUCUUUCUAAUGUAUAUAUCGACCCGUAGUCAAUGAAUAUUAACACGCAC